AUGGAAUGGGUCAAACAACGCAAGCUACCACCCUGUGAGGCUAUUCGCAAUGGCGACCAGCCUUGCCAUGAUAUGGACGACCUUUGGGACGCCCUGCACAGCACGUACAACUCGGCCUCUGGUCACGAGUUCGACGCCUCAGUCUUAGAUGAGCUUCCUGACGAGCCGGUCCGUGAGUGGGCUGACUUCUCGGAGCAUGAGUUGUUGAGUGCCCUUAAGGGGUGCUCCAACUCCUCUGCACCAGGACCGGACCACGUUACGUGGGUCCACCUAAAGGAGUUGCUCAAGGACAAACAUGUCCUUGCGCUCUUCAUCGUGCUGGCCAACGCUUGCCUUCGGGUGGGUCAUUGGCCGCGUAUAUUCAAGGAGUCGCUAUCAGUUAUCGUUCCGAAGCCGAACAAGCCCUCCUAUUCCGUGCCGAAGGCCUUCAGGCCAAUCGUACUCCUCAUCACCUUCGUCAAGCAUGAUAUCUUGCAUCUCAACCAACUCGGCGGCAUCUGCCAGAGGUCAACUGAGGAUGCUGGAUUGAUUCUGACUCAUCUCGUGCGAGCGGGGUGGGUUAAGGGUCUCCAGACUAGCACGCUGGCUUUUGACAUCGCACAGUUCUUCCCUUCUAUCAACCAUGAGAUGCAAGGAAGGAUUCUUGCCAAUCUUGUUUACUGUUGGAAUACCUUUCAAUCUGACUCGUGGUCUGCGGACGUGGGUGUCAGGCAGGGCUCCGCUCUCUCGCCUGUUAUUUCAGGGCUUUUCAUUGCUCCAGUAAUGAAGCUCUUCUAUAUCAAAGCGGUGCCACUCAACAUGACACUACUUUCUUUUGUGGAUGAUGGGACCAUCUUAGCCCAAUCCAAACAACUUGAUGAUAAUAAUGUGGGCCUGCAUGCCUACAAUCCCUCACUGGAUUUGGGGUACGCCCCACAUACCGGUGCUACACCCUUGAAGCCCAAGACCUAUUGGAGGUACUUGGGCUUCUACUUUGACCGAGGGCUCACAUUUCAUGAGCACGUUCACUACUACGCCACCAAGGUGUUUACCACCGUGCAGGCCAUGCGCAUGCUCGGGAACUCUACUAGAGGGCUCUCACCUAAACAGCGCCGCCUCUUAUAUAGGUCGUGCGUGGUCCCUAUUGCCACGUACGGCUAUCGUCUCUGGUAUUUUGAUGGCGCCCUUAUUCCGGGCGCCAUGAACCAGUUGAAACGGAUGCAGCGAAAAGCUGCUCUAUGGAUCACGGGUGCUUUCCGCACCUCACCUUCAGGCGGUCUUGAGGCCCUUGCUGGUCUCAUCCCUGGACUCCUCAAACGGGCUGAACCUCAUGCCCGCUCAGCCACUUUGAUGACCCCAGCUAUGAGGGGGAAAGUCAAGAGCACUGUCAUGGAGGUGGACGAGCGCGUCCACACCUUAACUGAGAGUUUCGAACCUGUAUCGCGGCGGUUACUGGACCGCUAUGCAGACCGUCUCCAUUUUGACGAGCGUGAUCCUGGUCAGGACAGACGCCCAUAUCUAGACGAGCUCAUCGCGAAAGCGAGGGCCAACCCCUUAACAGUACUGGCUGCAACUGAUGGCUCUGUCCCUCAGUCCAACCAGUAUCAGGCGGCUUCAGCUGCCAUCAUCUACAAGGGACAGCAGAUCCGAAAAACUGCUGUUAAGCAGGCAAACUGCCAACACAUAAUGGUCUUUACUGACUCUAUGGGUUCGGCCCAUAGAGCGGUUGACCCCGGCAUGCAGUCUGGUCAGGCUUUUAGCGUGUCAGUCUGUCGCGCUCUCCAAGAGUGGUUCGAGGCAGAUAAUCUCCGCCGCAUUACCUUCGUUUACGUCCCAUCUGCUUUGCGGUGGGACAUCCAUGGUGAGGCACACAAGUACGUCACCGAACUUAAAGUCAGGGUUGGACGUCGCAAGACAGAUAACUCUAUAGAUGCGCUUCGCUCCCGAGCAGCGCACUCAGUCCUGGAUUCGUGGAACUCCACUUUCCAGGAUCCAACCUACCGAGGCUCUGAAUUUUUAGAGCUUCAACAGCCUGACGGGCGGCCGCUACAGCCAUCGUACCUCAAUGGGGGACCUUGGCUUUCAACCUUCAGACACAGUAUCACUGAGUUCGCUUGCGUUUGCCAGUGCAUAACUGGCCACGCGCCCAUUGGAGCGUACUACCGUCGCUUCAAGAUCAAUGAGCCUCACGGCUGCACUUGCGGGGCUGCUUUGCAGUCCCAUCAGCAUAUUCUCUUUCGCUGUCACAAUAGAUACUCUGUACACUAUCCCCGUUUUCUCAGAGAUAUUGCAUCAUUUAUGAAGUAUAACCCUAUGGUGUUUGGCUUCAACCGGGACCCUUCGGAUGAUCAGAUCACCUGGUGA